AUGACGGGACAGCGACAAGACCACGUGAAUGGAAGGGGAAGGAUUGCGUGUGCAACAGGAACAAUGCUCGCUCUGCGCCCUCUGCGCGUCGCUUCUCUCUCUCCCCGCCUUUCCCUCUUGCGUUCGUCCUGCGCGCUCGCUCAUGCAUCGCGGUACCCGGGGAGGGCGGAGCCCAUUCCUGUUGCGCGCAGUAGGCGGACUGAUGGAGCGCGCGCGGGAAGUCGCCCCAUACCGCGCGCUAUGGGAGCAGCGCCAAUUGCGGUAGCCCUUGCAGUCCCAGACGAGAAAGAACAUGAACCGUUGUAUCCUGAUAGAGACUCCAGGAAGGAGGCCCCUGAACCGUCAGAUGCGCAACCUGCUGCUGACGCGGCGGAGCGCGAGCCCCGCCCCGGCGCGGAGCGCGCAAACCCGCGCUCGGCUCCGCAAAGAGAAAGCUCCCGCGCGCAGCAGACGGGGGGGGAAAUCCCCCCUCCGCGGAGCAAUGCGGAGCUGAUGGCGGAAGGGGGCAGAGAUGCGGGGAGCAGGGGUCGCGGAGGCGGGGGGAGGCGGAGGGCGGGCGCGAGCGUGGGGGUGGACUAUGGCGGGCGGCGGACAGGCGUGGCAGUGAGCUACAGUGGCUUCGCCCCUCGACCAAUCACGGUGCUGACGUCAAGAGGCCCUCAACUGGUGGCGGAUCUGCUGAAGCUGGCCAAGGACGAGGGGGCGGACGAGCUAGUGGUGGGGCUACCAGUGUCGUGGGAUCGAUCCGAGGGCCCACAGGCCGCCACGUGUCGGCAAUUCGCGCAAUCGCUAGCCAAGCCAGCUGCGGUGCAGGGGGUGAGAGUGUUCCUGCAUGACGAGUACAGCACAUCUCAAGAUGCUCUCGACCUCAUGAUCCAAUCUGGUCGUGGCAGGAAGGACAGGCAAGAGAUGCUCGACGCCUUUGCUGCCGCUGUGCUCCUGCGGUCCUACUUCGAGUCCCAAGGGGUGCACGCCACGCCAGUGCUGCCCAAAAGUAAACUCCUUCAACGUCAGCUCUGCUCCCACCAACGCUUUCCUGAUCCUAAUGCCACUGCACAAGAAUCCUCUGCUGAGUCCGCAUCCCUGGGAACACCUGACUCCUCUUCUGCUGUUGGAGCCUCUACAACAGCUGCAGGCUCUGCUGCUGCAGAUGUGACUGUGUCUGCAAUGCCAGCAGCAGAGCAAGACCGCCAUACAGUCGCACCACACCGAGUCACGUUGAGAAACAAGGGAGUUGCACGGAGCAGCAAGGCUUCAUCGGUUGACAGUGUGCAUGAAGCUGUGGAUCCAAGUGCUCGGAGCAGAGACAAUGGAGAGAGGAGGAAGAGGCCUGUUGCUAGUAGUAGCCCUGUUGCCACCAGGCAGGUUGUGAAGAGUAGAGAUGACUACGAUGAUGAUGAGGAUGAUGAUGACAGUCUGUUUGAUGGUGACUGGGAGGCAGCUUUCAAGCUCAAGUAA